UUUAGUCAAUAAUAAAAUUUUAACAAAUAGUGAACUGGUUUCAAAUUUAUUCGUUAAUUGUAAUAAAAAUUUAAAUUGUGAAGUCAAUUUUUUUCUAUAAUUAAAAUGUUUCAACAACGUAGUAUUGUUAUUUGUCGAUUAUUAUUGAAUACACAACAGACCAAAAAUGUAUUAAAUUGUAAAUAUUCCACAACAAACGAUGCUGUGAAAACUGCUUUAUACGAUUUUCAUGUGAAAAACAAAGGAAAAAUUGUUAACUUUGGUGGAUAUCUAUUACCAGUACAGUAUGCUGACUUGUCAAUAACUGGUAGUCAUUUACAUACACGAAAAAAUGCAUCAAUUUUUGAUGUUUCACAUAUGCUUCAAACAGAAAUACAAGGUGCUGAUAGUGUAAAUUUAAUGGAAUCCUUAUGUACAGCUGAUAUUCAGAGUUUAAAAGACGGAUCUGGAACAUUAACAGUCUACACAAAUGAUAACGGCGGUAUUAUUGACGAUUUAAUUGUAACAAAAGUACAAAAUGAUCAUUUGUAUAUUGUAUCGAAUGCUGCACGACGUCGAAAUGAUAUGGAAGUGAUUUUGAAAGGACUUGAAAAUUAUAAAAGAAAAUAUCCACGUGCAGAUAUAAAAGUAAAAUUCUAUGAAUGUACUGAGAAGUCGCUAUUAGCACUACAAGGCCCUAAAGCGGCUUCAGUUUUACAAUCAUUAGUUAAAAAUUAUGAUUUAAAUUCAUUAAAUUUUAUGGAAAGUGUAUUGUGUCAAAUUGACGAUAUUGACUGCAGAGUAACUCGGUGUGGUUACACAGGUGAAGAUGGAUUUGAAAUUUCACUAGCAGCACAAAAGGGAGCUCCACUAGCAGAAAAAUUAUUGAAAGAAGGUGGUGAAGUGGUUAAAUUGGCUGGAUUGGGUGCACGUGAUUCUCUAAGAUUGGAGGCAGGUUUAUGUCUAUAUGGAAAUGAUAUUGAUGAACGAACUACUCCAGUUGAAGCUGGCCUCACAUGGCUUGUCGGAAAGAAACGUCGUCAAACCGCAGAUUUUCCUGGUGCCGUAAUUAUAUUAAAUCAAAUUAAAAACAAAAAAUUAGUUGAACGAAAACGUAUUGGCAUUAUAAGUCAAAAAGGUCCCCCAGCACGUUCGCAUACUGAUAUUUUCUGUAAAACUGGAUUAGACUUUAUGAAAAUUGGUGCAACAACUAGUGGUAGUCCAUCACCGUCAUUACCAGGAUGUAACAUUGCUAUGGGCUAUGUGGCACGUGAUUAUGCUCAGCCAGGAUUACAAAUAUUAUUAUGUGUCCGUGACAAAUUUUAUCCCGCUGAAAUUGUAAAAAUGCCAUUUGUGAAAACAAACUAUUAUACCAAAAAAUAAU